UACAAUCGUGUAAGUAUCCCUAUUAAGCUUUUUUCGCUAGGCUAGAGAGUAGAGACAAGACAAUCCCAAUUUUAAUUUGGACGAAAUAUAGACCGUGGAAGUGAUUAGUUUACACUUUACAGUACUAGUAUAAUUUUUUUGAACAAAAAAUUAAUAAUAAAAUGAAGUAAUUGUAAUUUUGAACAAUUAGUAAUUGCUGAUAACGUAAUUCAUAAUCACAAUUAGUUAAAAGUUUAGUAAGGAUUGCAUGGUGUUACUAUAAAAAUAUAAAGAUACAAAAACCGACAUGCACUGUUUUAAAACAAUAUUGACCCAUGUACGAUCACAACAGCGUAAGCCUGUCCAGUUAUCAUUAAAUUGUACUACUAAUCGCUUUUCUUUAAGGAGACGCCACCUUGUAACAAAAAGUAAUGAAGAUUGUUUAGAAGAUAUUAUUGCUAACUUAUCACAAGGGAACAAUGAAAUCGAAAAAAAGUUGAGGAUUCUAAUGCUGGAGGUGGAGGUCAUGCGGCAGGAUGGUCGGCCAGCUCCAGACUAUUUGGGAUCAGACCACUGGGAACAUUUAUUAGAAUCAAGUUCAAGAAAUCAAAGACAUAAUUACCUUAAAUAUUUGUGGAAAUGUGAAAAAAGUAAGGAGAAUGAAAAGUUGAAGAAAGAAGCAAGACGAAAAGAGUUUCAAGAUUCGGAAUUUGAAGAAGUAAAAGAAUUCCCUGAUGACCUUCUAUAUGGACUUAAGCAUCAGACUUUAUUUUUGCGUAUUCGUGAUCAGUCCAUUAACAAUUUUGACAAUUACAGAGCACUUCAAGCAUUAACAUAUGGUCAGUCACUAGUUAUAGAUUGUUCUUAUGAAGACCACAUGGUAAAGAGAGAAAUACUGAAUGCUGCAAAACAACUUACAUUUGUGUUUGGUGAUAAUAGAAUACACAAGGAACCUUUUAAUUUACAUUUGUGUAAUGUUAGCUUGGAAGGACAAUUCAUGAAACAAUUUAGGAAGUAUGUUCCAUCAGUGGAUGAGCCUAUGUUUCCCUUAAAUAUUCACACUCAAAGCUAUAUGGAUAUUUUUCCAAAAGAGAAAUUAGUGUAUUUAACACCACACUGUCGAGAAGAAUUGACUUCUUUUGACCAUGAUGCUAUAUAUAUAGUUGGAUGUAUGGUCGAUAAGAUGAACAGUGAACCUUUGUCACUGGCAAAGGCAAAGCGUGAUGGAAUCAAAAUGGCUAAACUACCACUUGACAGAUAUCUAGAAUGGGCUCCAGGUUCAAAGAAAAACUUGAAUAUAAAUCAUAUGAUCCCCAUUAUGUUGGACUUAAAGUUUACCAGUGAUUGGGAGUUCUCAUUAAGACAUAUUCCACGACGGAAAUUAAUGGAAACAAAAAUACUGGCCAUGCAAAAGAGACUUGCAGAUACAUCACUUGCUAAGGAAGAUAUUUUAAAAAGUUUUAGCAAUUUACGGAUCAACAACAAAGCCAUGUUUAAGGAUAAAAGAUUUAAAUCUAGAAAAUCUCUGUAUGAUGAAGAUUAAUUAUAAAAAGAAAUAGUCUUAAGUCUUUAUUUCAUUAUUCACAAUAAAAUUAUAUAGUUAAUACAUAUAUGUGUUUAUGUAAAAAUAUUUUAACUUUUGUACAUAAAACUUCAUGCAACAUUAAAUUAUAUACAUG